AUGUCGAUGCAAGACACAGUUCAGAAGGUGCUUGAUGCGGCUACGGCCGACAUUACCCAGCCCAAUGCCGUGCCUGGUGCGGUGAUGUACAUCGCGGACAAGACGGGCAAGCAGGUGGCUUGGGCUGCGGCGGGUGUCAAGCAGGCCGGCAAGCCGGACCCCAUGACGCCCGACUCGGUCUUUUGGGUGGCAAGCUGCACCAAGCUCAUCACCGCCAUCGCCUGUCUCCAACUCGUCGAGCAGGGUAAACUCAACCUGCAGGACGACGUGACCAAGUACCUUCCCGAGAUGGCGGAAGUGAAGAUGAUCGAUGGAUCCAAGCCCAAGCGCGUGCCUACGGUGUGGAACUGUCUGACGCACACGUGCGGGUUGGGCUACUCCUUCUUCAACCCCGCACUCAAAGCGCUCGAAGACAAGAAAGGCCGCAAGGUGAUUGAUGCCUUUGAUGCGUCCAAGGAGAGCAUCAUGGGACCUUACGUUACCGAGCCUGGAUCCGAAUGGGAGUACGGAAUGGGAAUCGACUGGGCGGGUCAAGUUGUCGAAAGAGUCUCCGGUCUGUCGCUCAACGACUACUUUCAAAAGCACAUCUUUGCGCCUCUUGGCAUCAAGAACGCCAGCUUCCUUCCCAAGACAGCUGGUCUGGCCGACAAGCUCGUCGGCUCGCACUACCGCAACCCAGAGGGGAUCAUCUCGCCCAACGAACACUGGCUCAAGCAGGAAGAGUCCAAGAUCGAGGUGCACUAUGGCGGCGCUGGACUCUGGGCCAACGCUGCCGAGUACUGCCAGAUUUUGGUGGCUCUCCUCAACCGUGGCACCCAUCCAAAGACUGGCGGCAAGAUCCUCAACCCUGAAAGCGUCGAGGAGCUCAUCAAGCCGCAGCUGGACGAGAAACUCGCAGCCGACAUGGACCGCGAGUUUCCCAACACCGACCCCACGCUUACCAACUAUUUCGAGGGAUGCACGGUCAAAGGCGUGCCCAAGAACUGGGCGCUUGGCGGAAUGCGCCUGACAGUCGAACACCCCAUGUUCAAGUAUAGCGACAAGUCUCUUUUCUGGUGCGGCAUUCAAAACAGCUACUGGUGGGCCGACUUCAAGGACGGAACGUGCGGCAUGAUCCAGUCGCAGAUCGGACCUUUCCUCGACAUGGGCACCCUCGGCAUCCUCGCCCAGAUCCAGCCCCAGGUUCACGCUGCCUACGCCAAGUAA